AAAUCGACGCGGUUAAUCAUAUGGCGCUCUUGUCAAGUGUCAAGGAUGUUGUGAAUUAUCGUAGCUUUCUCGGAUCAUUCUUAUGACAUGUACUAGUGGUCCUGUGAUAUUUGUCAUAAAACAAGAUAUUUUGUUCACUUGUUAUUAAAACUCUCUAUUCCGGUUAUCGUUUCACAUAAAACAGUUCUUGGUAUCAUUAAUACUCUUAUUUGUAUAGGACAGUUUCAAGCAGUUCCUCUCUAUGUAAAUGAACUUUGUUUGCCGGAAUCAAAGCUCAUUGGUAAUGAUAGUGAGGAUUUAGCAGCUUCAUUUCACGUAAGAUUCCCAAACUACUGAACAAUGAGUAUCUCUCAUUCGUCAUCACCCAAUUUUGGGGAAAAGCCUCACUUCAAAAUUACCGAUCGACAGCAAUCAGCACCUGGUGUGGAAUACCUACAGGGAAAUAAUAAUUGUUUUGAAGAGGAAGAAGAAUGGCAGUCGAAGUUGGAUGUUUGGCGUGAAAAACGUCGUCAAGCCUUACUCACUGAGGCAACAAAAUUUGCCUUACUUCAAGAGCGUGAGAGUAGGGAGAACGAAAGACGUAAGGAAGAAGUAAAAGAUCGCCUUCGUAAAGCCAAAAGCCAACGUAAUCUAAUUUCCAGUGGACAUGUUUCUUCCUUAGAUUUAGCUCCACCACCAAAAAUAAAUAGUCCUGGCGUCGCAUUACUAACGGGUAGCGAUUUUGAUCCGCUCACUUUCGGUCAUUUUGAAAAAAAUCAAAUGGAUACAGUCUCACCAUCACAAUCGGUUUCUUCAAAUAAAUUUCAGUACACAGAUAGUUCAGAUCUUUAUAAGUCAAAUGACUCCGAGACUAAUUUGAAGGCGUACUCCGAUUGUUCUUCACCUGUGUCUGAACUGAAAACUGAAGUUCAGAGUAAUAUUACGGACAAAAUAAUGGAUAUUUCUUCGCCAAACAAAAAUUCUGUCGAAAAAUAUGCCAAAUAUAAUCGAAUUGAAGUAAUUCGUGAUCUCAUGUCUAAACCAAAUAAUUGCAACGUUGAAGUCACCCCGGAAACCAAACUGCCUUUUGAUGCGAGUCUUGAAAAUAAUGACUAUUCAGAAUGCAAAUUACGUUUGUCAUCAAGACCUGGAGUAUCAGAGGUUCAUUGGGGACUAACAAUAAAAGCACGAGGUCCUUCAAAUACUUCCCCUUUUGUUGUUGAACGCGUUAAAAUUGGUAGUUCGGCAGAUAUCUGUGAAUUUCAAAAAGGUGACAUAUUGGCUUCUAUUGAUGGCAUAAACCUGGGUACUAGUCGGAAGAACACUGACAAAAACACCAGUCAAGUUACAAACUUAGAGGAUCUAGAAAACUUGAUGGCUCGUUUAGUUUUGGCCAACAAACCGAUUACUGUUCAGGUCUUCAGAAAAAUGGAUGAAUUUGAUGAACUGAACGAUGGCGAAUGGGAUACAGGUGGAGAUUUUUCUGUCGAAUCAGCAGCCGUGAAGUCCAAACACGCACCAAGUAACAUUAGUGAUUCCGAUAGUGAAUGCCAUGAGUUACUUGUUUCUCCUGUUGUCAAGGUUUCUCACAAAACAUCUCCUGUUGAUAGCCCAGUUUUACGAAGAUCUAUCACAAUUACACAUUCACGUCAUAGGUCACCUUCCCGAAGCUCAAUUCAAAUUUCUGAUGACGAAGUUAACAAUUCAUCUGUGUCAUCUAACUCCGAAGUAAAAGAAUACAAUUGUCUAAAAGGGAACUUUAAUAUUUCGUCCAAAUCAAGUGGUUUAAUUUCUAAGAAUGAGAUUUCUCCAUUAUUUAAAUCAAAUCAAGAUAAGUCUAAAGAUGAAAUUUCAAAUCCUGUGGAAUUUGAUAUAUCAUCAAAUACACCAACUCCAUCGGAUUCAGCAAAUUGCAACAGUACUUUAUAUCAUAAACAAAAUGUAGAAGUAACUUUAACGGAACCUGUUUCUUUCUCAUUGGUAACUGCAUCCACACUAUCUCCAAGCAUUCAAAUGACCCAUCAAAUACAGCCAACUGUUUCUGUUUUGGAGGAUAUUAAGCCUACUGGUUUUAUACAUAAGAAAAUAACUCGUCCAGAACACUUUGCUGUGAACAGAUCACUUGGACAAGAGGUAACAUAUGUUUCAAAAAUUGUUGGAGAUUCCCCCACAUCAACACCUACAUUUCUAGGUGAAACGACUUCGCAUCUUUCGUCGUUACCCAAAACAAGACAUGUAUCAAAGCAGAGAACAUUCCAUAUUCAUCCCAAACUGCCUGAAACAUGGGAUGAUAUUCCCUCUCAUAUAUGUGGUAUUCGAGGUUCAUUUCCCGCAAACUAUAAACAGAAUUCAGUGUUCAAUGUUCCUCCACAAUCUUACCCUCUAUAUACUACAGAUUUGUGUAAAUCAAAACAACUAGAUUCCUUCCGACCCCAUGUCCCUCCACGGCCUAUUCCUAAAGUAACUCGUGCUGCACCCCAGUUUAGUGGAUUCACUACGACUAUUGAAUCUGAAUCACGUCCAUCCAUCUUCAGUUCAAGUAACCAAACGAUUCCAGUUAAGUCCGAUUCACUUUCCGAUACAACAAAAAGCAAGUCCCUACGUGUCUCAGAAUCCGAUAUUUAUGUCAACACUUCGAACAUUCGUUCUUCACCACAACCUGAUGCAUUGAUACCGAUGACUAAAAUUAAACAGCUACCUCAAGGUUCACUGAAUGGUGAUGAUAAACAAAGCAUCACCGAAGAUUUUGUUAAUGACCACGGUUUUGAAAGAUCAUCUGUUAAAUAUGCUUUGAGGUCUUCUGAUGAAACUGAGAAAUUUCCACUGCCAGUACAUCAAGUUUGCGAAAAUUCGGAGGUUGAAGUACCACCAAUUCCCCCUCGGACGCCACGCGUGCGAAUAGUCGAUAUUAAUCAAUUAUGCGCAGCGUGUAAUUCCAAACUAGGUAGUCUCAAUAAACCGAUAUAUUUAGUUCAUAUGCUUAACAAUUUAUCUAUUACAUUUUAGAAUCAUUAAUAGGUUUAUGCCAUCACAUAAACCUGACAAUGCUUAGUUAUGAGCUAAAAUAAUAAAGUAAGAUAAAAAUAACUUUUAUUUGUAGCUUGGACAAGCUUACCAGUUGUAGUGAGCUACUUUCCUGAGGAUCACUUAUUUACUGGUACAUUUUCCCACAACUUGCAACUAAAAUAUUUGCCGGUCAUCCUACUUUAUAUCCUGUGUAACACUUGUUUGUUUCGUCUGCACAAAUCCUGCAUUUACAAGAACUCAAAAAUUUUCCAUAGUAUUUGAACCAAGUGGUUUACUAGUGGUUAAAAGACUCGAAACUGCUAAUCACCUGGUUUGACCCUCUUUUUAGUUGCUUUGUUUUGAGGACCUCAGUAAUUGUACAAGAUUUAUGUUGAGUAAAAUAAAAAGUUCGUUUAGAAAUAACUACUAAUAUAUGAUUACUAUAUGGAAACUAGAUGAUGAAAAUAGUCUGAACAAUGAUCGACUGUUAAGCCAAAAAAUUAAGAGUUGACCUGACAGUUUGAAAAAACUUCAUGCGCACUUUCAAUCUCUACGAAUAACAACCUUACACUUGGCCUGUAAGAUUCGAUUGCUAUGGAUUCUUAAGCUUUUAUCAGAAUGUAUGCGUUAAGAUUUAUCCUCAAUUAUAUUUAGUACCAAACUUCAGGUUUACGUAAAGAUUUAAAACAUUUAUAGGGACAUAUUUCAACACCCUUCAUUUGAGACUCCUGUGUUUAAAAUUAAGAAACCUAACUACAUUUUAAAUCUCAAAACUCUAUCUCCGUAAAUGCUUUUCUUUUCGAACGAUGUUCGCUUUUUGUUCUAGAUUGUCGACAGAUGCAACCUUUGUAAUUUGAGUAUUUUGAACCAAACGUAAUAGCCUCGCGGUCUUUGUUUAUUUGUUGCCACUCAAAAAUGAGGUUUGUCAUCUAGAAUAAACACUUCUAGUCUCCUAUUUCAGUAUGCAUAAUAGAGAUGUUGAUGCCGGAGAAAUCAAGCCAUAACUAACCCCUGUAUUACUUAAUGACAUACAAAAGCCCGUUGUUACAUUAAGGUUCUUUGUGUUCGUCAGACUCCAUACAUUCCUAACUGCCGCAAAAUAUUUAACAGCAAUUACAGUACAGAUACUAACGUUAGAGAUCCCAGCUAGGUUUCAGUUUUUCGAGUUAUCCAUAGCUAUUAUAAACAUCCACAGUUUAGUUUGUGUAUAAAUUAACAGUCUCUUUCAUCGCAGAUCGAUUAAAAUGAUUUACUUCAUUUACUUUUUACACAGAUUCUGAGGACUCAAUGGUUAUUGAAUCCUUAAAUCUAUACUAUCAUUUACCAUGUUUUGUAUGUGCAAGAUGUGGAAUUGCGUUAGGCGAUGGUCUAUCAGACGUGGAAGUUCGUGUUCGGCGUAACUUGCUUUACUGUUCACAUUGUCAUUCCAAGAAUCUCACUGUAUCGAAUUAUAACAAGAAUGAAUGUCAUCCAACGAUGCGAAGUGUGCAACCUAGCUCUCAACCACUAAAACCCACUGAUAAACGACACCGAAACGGUUCAGAACAGCAGUUAUCAUCUAAUUUAAAUAAACAUCACGUUCUGUAAACUGCCUUCGUUUUUCCUUUGUUUUAAUCAAAAGAACACAAUUUCUCAAUAUUGUGCACUAUGACUGACGAUUCGAGCUUAAUAACUGUAAUUUCGACGAGUUCAAACCGGAAAUUUAGAUCACCAACAAGCUUCGUAAGAUGAUUCCUACUUAAUCAUAAAUUUGAGCUAUAACAUGCACUUUUAUCUUUCAUAAAAACUGAAGCUACAAUUUUGUACGCAUAAUUUUAUUUUGCUUGGCGAUAUCCUCUUAUUUUGCUACUAUUACUUUCACAAUUGAUUCGUUAGUUGUCCUCUAAAAUAUCAUUUAUAUAUUAUCAUCUAAUUUUCUCUAUAUGCGACUCUAUCGUCACACUUAUGUACAAUCCUUUUAAAAAUAUCGUACUUUAAACUAUAUAAUCGGAAUAUGUCCAAGAUAUCUUAAAAUACUACUAGUGUGUGUUUAUAGUGGCAUUGAAAUAUCAAAGUGAAGAUAUACGAC